AUUUAAAAAAAAAAUAGAAAAACACACAUUAAAUCAUAUAAAAUUUGGGGUUGUUCGGAGGCUUCGUCAUCACUCUGUUCCCGACGUCUCAAUGACGACCAAAAAGCAGCAGCGACGUCUGCGUUUGCCCCGUUUGAUCUCCGAGGAAGACGCUACCACUUCAUCCCCCGUCUCGUUCGCCGCCCCUUUCGCCGGAUUCAAUCACCCCCGUACCCUUCCCUCAUCCUCCCUGCCGCUUCACGUCUCUCUCGGAUGCUGCUGCGUUCCCGAUCUGCGUCGCUCCGCCGCCGACGAACGACCCGUCGUUGACGCCUCCAUGCGGGUGCGGCCGGCGUACGCACAGAGGAAGCGGAGGGAAGCGAAGUUCUGUGGCGUCGUUCCCUGCGGGGGCGUGGCCGACGUCGAGGUCAAAAGCUCGCUGCUUCCUUCUUCAGCACGUCGAUCCGGAGAAAGGCGGCGCGACGUUCCGAUAUUGCACCAGGGCACUCGAUCCUCGACCGAUGAAGACGACAGCGGGUGGUGGAGCGGCGAUGAUGCAGCAGAGAGGCUGACGAGGAAGCCGAUUCCAUGGGCGCCGCUGGCGGUGAGGGGGAGCCUCGCGGUGGUGAAGCAGUCGGAGGACCCGAGACUGGAUUUUCUACGGUCGAUGGCGGAGAUGGUGGUGGAAAAGCAGAUCGUGUCCAGCAAGGGGCUGGAGCAGCUGCUGCAAUGCUUCAUGUCGCUUAACUCGAGAGAACACCACGCCGCCAUUCUCGCAGCCUUCGAGGACAUAUGGCAAGCCCUCUUCCCGGCGGUACCUGGCCUCUAAUUGCCGCCGGCGAUCUCUUUAGAUUAUAUUUCAAUAGAUGAAAAACAUGUAUCAAUUAAUGUAAUUAGCAAACAUAAAUCAACGACAAGUUCGUGAUCCAAUGA